UGUUCGACCUAAUUCGUUGCCUAAAAUGAAUCCGAUGGACCUCUCCGACGAUAAUCUCUUUGAUCACAUCGAUAUGCUUGAACAGAGCCUGCUGGGCCGCACUGUCCUCGGUUAUAGACCGAGUAACACUGCCAACCAAGAAGACCUUGCGGAUGUCUUUGUAGUUAAAUUCAUUCUCGAUGGACUAGAAGAUAGCAAACAGGACUCCGAAACAAGUCAAUCCAUUUGGUUUGGCAGGAUCUGGAGAUAUAUCCGUGGCAGGAUGGCGACGAAUUCUAGAACCACACAUUGGGCGGCGCAGAUUAGAGGAGACUUGUACGAGACUUUCCGAGAUAAAGAUUAUGCUUUGCCGUGGAAAUGGAGAGCAACAUUGAAAAUGACACCAGAAGCAAUCUUGAAAAACGAGCCACAGAGGAACUUAGUUGGACGAUUGCGCGUGGGAACCACAACCCUGAGUACUAAAGAGAUAGCGGAGCGAACAAUGCGGUACGAGCUAUAUUACCAACCAUAUUCAAUCUUCGGCGACAACUGCCAACAGUUUAUAAUGCGAUUCCUUCGAGAGAUCGAUGUCAAAUUCGACGAAGAGGCCUGCAAACAACUGAAAAUGGCAACUGAUAUUGCCAACCUUCUCCGGUUGAGCCUAUCGCUUCUCGGCCUGAUAUUUCUCCUGGACCUCUUUAACAACGAAGGCAGAUUUACCCUCGCAACAUCUCUGCACUCUGCACUCGCUUUCCUCGGCAUGAUACUACUCACAUUUUCUCAUCCAAGAAUGUUCUUGUUGAACGUAUCUCAUUUACCUUUUAAUAUUCAACACUUCAUUAUUGUACUGGUUGCCAGUUUUGUCUGGUUUUUGUGGGUCCUCGUUGGCGCUGUGCUGUGUUUUAGCUUUGAAAGAGUGUGUGAUGAGGUUGCUGUACGCAUUGUUGAUGGGGUAGAACUGUUCGAUAUGUGGAAUUCGUGCAAUAUCUUCUUACGAGUUGCCCAGUUGUUGAUAUCCAUUGUGUGCCUUUUGGGUGGCAUCUAUCAUUCCUAUUACGGUUCUUCCUUUAUUUCAGAAUAGUGGUGGAUUGUCUCAACUCUUACUCGUUACACCAUUUGAAUUUCCCAUUUCUGU